AAUACUAACAUAUGUUAAGGUUCACUUUUUUAAAAACAAUAAAUUUAUAUCAAAAAUGGUUUGAACAAUUGUUAUCUAAGAGGGGGAAAACCUACAAAAUUACAAGUGAACAAGCAUUCCGUCCGUUCAACAAAACAGAAUGUACCGGCCAUUCCAAGCGUUGUAGAAAUUCGAAGAUACAUGAGAUUUACAUGAAAACUGAUCCGAAGAAAUAGAUCGUCAAUAUGAAAGUCGUAGUUAAUAAGAACAUCCACGAUGUCCAUAUCAGGUUGGAAUUCGUCUACCAAAACAAGCAGCUCUUGACUGCCAUUUUCGUCAGUCUGUUGGUCAUUAUUGGAACUAUUUUAAAACUCGGAUUGAAAAAUAUCAAUCGGUACGUGCCUGUUACUCCAGUUCAAGUGUCUCGAUCAGAAAGACGCCUUGCGGCAGAGGCUGAAAGUUCCAAAAACCAUAGAAGAAAAGCAGUGGUUGGUGAAACGUACAACCCAGAAGCCGACAAGAACGGCGAAAUCGUUAAGCACCAUAAAACUGAUGCCCAAAGACAAAAUUUACAAACGAACCUGAAGAAGAUCCUCCUUUUGCAGAACCUCUAUUCCGAACAAUUCGAUCAAAUCUUAGACGCGUUCUUCCUCAAGACUGUAAAAUCCGGUGAGUACGUCAUCAAAGAGGGAGAUGAAGGCGAUUAUUUCUACGUAAUCGAAAAAGGCACGUAUUCUAUAAUUAAAGAGGAGAACGGACUGCCGAAAGUGAUCCAAAAGUACAUCGAUGCCGGCAGCUUCGGAGAGCUCGCCUUGCUAUACAGCAUCCCCAGGUCGGCUUCCGUAAAAGCAGAGACCGAGGGCUUGCUCUGGGCCUUGGACAGUAAGACCUUCAGAAGAAUCAUAAUAAAAGCCGCUCACAAAAAUAGAAAAGCUUACUUAGAUAUGAUCAAAAACGUCAAGAUCUUGAGCCACCUCACGGAAAAGGAAAGAAUGAGCCUUGCCGACAAUCUGGUCCAGAAAGUCUACAAAGACGGCGAAGUAAUACUGAAAGAAGGCGAUGAAGCGAACGGCAUGUACUUCGUGAUCGAUGGGCAUGUGUCGAUUUCGAAGAACGUCAACGGGAAAAAAGUCAACAUGAAAUCUGUUGAAAAAGGUGGAUAUUUCGGCGAGCUGGCUCUGCUGACCAAUGCGCAAAGAGCAGCGACGGCAGUGGCAAAGGGAAAGUUGACAACGGCUUUUCUCGACGCACAAGCUUUCUCCCGCCUCAUGGGACCCUGCGAAGAUGCGAUGAGGGCAAACAUGGAAAAAUACGGUAUCAAGAAGGAAAACAUAGUCUGAUUGUGUUCAAAACGUUCCUUACAUCGCAUUGCUUUAUGAACUUUCUUGAGUUUUGGUCUGCGACGAGUCCAGUAGUCACAAACAUUUCCACAUAAAGAUUCGAUUGAAAUAAAUUAUUGAUCGUCAGAA